UGUAUCAUAUUUUUACAUUAAUUUACUUAACUUUAUUUUUAUAAAAUAUUUUUAAAUUUAAAGUAUAAACAAAGAGAAUUUGUAACACAUUAACAUCAACAUUCCUUUUCAUGAUUCUAUUAUUUUAACAAUGUUUUUUACACGUUAUUUUUAAAUAAUUUUAAAACUUUGAUCUUACAACUUCUUUAAUUUAUUAUAACAAUUUAUCAUUUAAAGUAAUUGUAUUCAAUGGGAUAUUACCAAAUUAAUGAAAAAAUUAACUGCAAAAACUAACUCCAAUUCUGGAGAAAAUACUAAAAAUGAGCCGGAAUCUGAUCCUUCACCACUGGAAUCCGAUUUCUCAUCUCUUGAUUUGGGUGAAGAAAUUCUAAAAUGGCUCAAUCACAAGAACUUUAAGCGUAUGACAAAAGUCCAAUCACUGUGUUUAAAACAGUUUUUGAAGAGGGAAAAUGAUGUUUUAGUCCAAUCCUGUACCGGAUCAGGUAAAACCCUUUGCUUCCUAAUUCCUAUCCUAAACUCUUUUUUACAUGAUACAAAUUUUGAAUUUGAACACCUGCUGGACGUGUUCUCAUUAAUUAUUUUACCCACACGUGAGUUGUCAAUACAAAUUUUUGAUAUCAUCACUGAUUUUCUCAAAUUCACACACUGUCACACGACGAGUACAUCCGACUCAGCUAAUAAUUCAGUUGAUAUUUCAGUUAAUAAUUCAGAUAAGUCACUACGUAAUGUGUACAGAAUAAUGGAAAAGAAUGUGUAUAAUAUAUUAUUGAUUGGUGGAACAUCAGUGGAGGUUGAGCUAAGGAAUAUGAAAAAAGCGUGUGAGAAAACAUUUGUAAAGAGUUUAGUAGUUGGAACUCCUGGCAGAUUAAGACAUGUGAUGGACUUGUUAUCACAUGAGUUUGUUUGGACUUUUAGGAAUUUAAGGUUCCUGAUCCUUGACGAGGCCGAUAGGUUACUUGAAAUGGGAUUCCAAAAUGAUUUAAGUAAUAUCUUAACGCAUUUACCUAAACAAAGACAAACUGGACUCUUUUCAGCUACUUUAAAUACGGGAAUCCAGAACCUCUCCAAACUCUGUCUACACAAUCAUAUACACAUCAACACUGAUUCCACUGAUGGUAUUAACACAGUUGACAGUGUAAGCUUAAUUAAUAGUGUUACUGGCGAUAGUGUGAAUAAAACGUAUACAAUACCUAAGGGGUUGAAUAAUUAUUAUUUGAUAUUGUCGAUGGAGGAGAAGUUGAGUUUUGUGUUGGCAUUUUUGGAGUAUUUAAAAGGGACAAAUUCGACUAAAAUUGUCAUUUUUUUCCUUUCUUGCGAUUUAGUCAAUUAUUUUCAUCACAUUUUAUCCAAUCUCAUGCGUAACGGGGGGACCAGUUCCGGAUCCACUGAUGACUCCACUAACACCAAUACUACUGUUAGAACCAUGAACAUUCUGAAGAUACAUAGAAAAAUGACGAGUAAAAAGAGGAAUAAAAGUAUUAAUAUGUUUAAAUCUGGUACAACGGAUUCUAUAAAUGUGUUAUUGUGUACUGAUGUCUUUUCGAGAGGAAUUGAUGUGCCGGGGAUUGAUUGGAUUUUACAGUUUGAUCCUCCUCAGGAUCCGAAUUUUUAUCUUCAUAGGAUUGGCAGAGCCGGAAGAGCUGAAACUCCCGGUAACGCAUUACUCUUACUCACUGAAACUGAAGAAUCUUACAUACAGUUUCAACAUAACCGGAAAAUCACACUACAACCCCUGCCAUCCAACUUACUCAAUUCUGUUAAAAAUAUGCCAAAUAGUGUUAAUCCCACUGGAUUACCCUACGGACAGGGUAGCACAGUAGAACUAGACACAAAGGUUGAAGGUGAUAGGAGUUACUUAUCAUAUUUAAUGGAGAAUCCAGUAGAAAAACCGGUACUUUUGUGGGCUAAAACGGCAUUAAUAUUAUCAUAUUUAAGACUUUUAAACUCCAGAGACAGAGAAUUAUUACUAUUAUCUUCAAGAGCUUUUGUAUCAUAUACCAGAGCAUAUUCAGAACAUUCCCUAAAGUAUAUUUUUGAAAAACAGAAAUUAGAUUACGGAGCACUCGCAACUUCACUCGGCGUUUUAAGAAUUCCAAGAGUUAAAGAAAUUCUAGGAAGGAAGAUAGAGCAUUUUGUGCAAUCUACGAUAAAUCCUAAAGACGUGCCGUAUCUCGACCCAGAAAAAGAAGCCGACAGAUUAAAACAAAUUGAACAACUGAACAAUAGCGAACUGCGUUCUGAUAAACCUAGCAAACUAGAUAAAAAUAAACUGAAGAAACAGAACAAAGAUAACUCCAAGGGAAAGGAAAAGGUUAAGAGGACGAGAACAAUGAAAAGAGAAGCUAAAAGAAGGAUUGAAUUUGAUGAAUGGAACGAGUUCAGGAAGGAAGAAGCACUAGUAAAAAAGCUCAAAAAGAAAGGAUUCAACCAAAAAGAUAUCGAAAAUUUAAACAACGAUGAAUGUGAGUUUGGAGAGGACUUGGAAUUGGAGGUGGAAAGCUCAAAACGUUGGAUUCUCAGAGGGAAAAAGAGAAAUAAAAGAAAAAAGCAUUAA